AGGACCUCUCCGGUUGACGUCUUGCUUGGAUGGGACACACUUUCUGGCAAAGAAUUGCAGAUCCGAACAACACAAACCAGCAAAAAGCCUCAUUUCAGCUUUAGCUCAGCCAAAGUAAACGUGUAUAUUUUACUUAUACUUUGCAACCUGAGAUUGAGCUGAUCAAAAGUAAUUCACUUUCUCUCUCUGCAAUAAUUAUAUCAACGUGGAAUGUCAUUGCGUAACUCGUUACAUUUAAUACGAUAAUUACUGCAGCUCCCUUCGCCCCCUUCCCCGUCGAACGAGACAGGAUUGCAGCAGCACAAACCUGUAAACUUUGUUGCUGUAAAGUCAAGAAUGAAGUUGGGAUCGAGAGUGAGAGUGAUUACAGUUUGUUAUUGGAGGGAGUUAAUACAGAAACGUUGUUAAAAGUUGCGUCAUUAUUUACAAAAGUUUGACAACGUUUUGUAUUACGCACUGACGACAGAAGCAAACUAAUUGGAGAAAUGACCAUCAGAGUAUAAAAGCACUGAUUCUCCCAGUUGAUGAAUUGGAACCGGAAGGAAGUUAAGUUUUCUGGAUUGUUGAGCUCUAACACUUAGACUCAAGAGGUAUUGUAAAUUCCAUUAUUAUGGACUCUUUCAUCAGUUUAUUUGAUCCUGGAACUUCGGAUGAGCCAGGGGCAUCCACUUUUGAGGAAGACAACAACAAUAACAAUGAAGGACUAGGAGAAAUGAUUCAUGACCUACCUCCCGAGCCCCAACUUGGAAAUAUUGAGUACAAACUCAAACUAGUCAAUCCUUCUCGCCAACGUUUCGAGCAUUUAGUGACUCAGAUGAACUGGAGGUUACGUGAAGGUCAAGGUGAAGCAAUAUACGAGUUAGGGGUGGAAGACUGCGGUCGGCUUAAAGGAAUUUCAGUAGAAGACAUGGCAUCCAGCCUUAAGACACUCAACGAGAUGGGGAAAAAGUUGGGCGCCACAGUAUCGGUACUUCGGGAGUCGGUUGUUAAUUCAGGGGUUACAAAACGAAGUACGAGGGUGGUGGCGGAAGUGUUAAUAAGGAAGGUACCUGAUGACCAACCCAGCUUAGAACUACGUGUGGCCGUGAUGGGUAUGGAGAACAGCGGAAAAUCAACCAUGCUUGGGGUUUUGACUCAAGGUGAACUGGACGAUGGUCAUGGAAUGGCAAGGCUAAAUAUGUUUCGACACCUCCACGAAAUUCAAACUGGUAGAACGUCUUCAAUUAGUCAUGAAAUGAUUGGCUUUGACACUGAGGGCCGGAUUAUCAAUUAUCAAGAAGGAAGUCCAGACACAAUUUGUGAAAUGUCGAGUAAAGUUGUGACCUUGAUUGAUUUAGCUGGGCACUCAAAAUAUUUAAGGACUACACUACAUGGAAUUACUGGAUACUCUCCACAUUAUAUAUUCUUCGUAAUUAGUGCAUCUCAAGGGUUUACAAAAGUGACAAUGGAUCACCUCGCUCUUGCAGCUGCUCUGCAGAUCUCAUUAGUUGUUGUUAUUACGAAAAUGGACCUGGUGUCUGAAGAAAAAUUGGACGCCACAGUUGAAAAUGUGAUGGAGUACCUUUGCGGGAUAUGUCACAAAGAAGCUUACAGAAUAGGAAACGAGGAUGACGUUAUCAAUUUUGUUAGGAAUCAACAUUCAAAUGAGAACGAUGUGCCAGUUUUGUGCUUAUCCAGUGUCACUGGCGCCGGACUGGAUGUAGUCACCAAGCUUUUGCACUUUAUGCAGCCUGGCUUAACCCCCAACGAUCGGGAACGUAUGGAAAAGGAGCUACCAGUUUUUCAAAUUGAUGAAAUAUUUAGUAUUCCACAAAAACGAAUAAUUCUGGGAGGUCUUUUAAAGCAAGGGGUUAUCAAGGAGAGGACACCUUUAUUGUUAGGCCCAUUUUACGACGGUACCUUCCUUCCUGUGUGCAUCAGCACCAUUAGACGCCAUAAAACACCCUGUUUGAUCGCAAAGGCAGGUCAAAGUAUUUCCUUGAGUUUGGGAACAGAUAUCAAAGGUCUUAGAAAAGGAAUGGUGUUGGUGAGCCCUCAGUUGAUGCCAAAAGCUACGUACUACUUCCAGGCGAGUAUUUCUGUACUCUUCCAUUCAACUGCUAUCUCCAAGGGGUUCCAAACAACCGUUCACAUUGGCAAUGUGAGACAAACUACAAAAAUUGAAGAAAUAUUAUCAGUAUCCAGAAUUGCCACAAACGAUCGGGCUGUUGUUCUGUUCCGUUUCAUAAAGCACCCUGAAUUCAUUCAAGUCGGCUCUCAACUCUUAUUUAGGGACGGAAGUACCAAGGGUCUCGGAACCGUAACUGACGUAUUCCCCAUCGAAAUAGCAUCACUGCCAUAAGAGCGAACUGCCCAUCAAUGACUGCCAAGUUCAGUAAAACUUGAAAUUAUAUCAUUCACUUGUAUAUUUGUCCGUGAUUGGAGUAAGGAAUUAUUUAUUUUUGUGAGUGAAAUUGCUUGAAAUCUACCUACAUACCUUGUAAAAUUUGAAUGAAAAAGUAGUGCAGUGAAAUAAGAGAUCUGUUUUACCUCCCUUAAUUAAUAAGUAAUUUAGGAUAAAUGAGUUUAACAUAGUACUUUAGUACUUGUGUAGUUUAAUUUUCUUUCUUUGAAAUGUUUAGUCAAGUUGGAAUUGGAUAUCUACAUAUGUAUGAAACUGGUGUUCAUCCAAUAUCCAAUUCCAACAGUAAUGCCCAAAGAAUGAUAGUUUUACUGUUAGGAUGACAAUUAUUAACGUACACACGCCUCGUUGUAUAUAUAAAAUAUAAAUAUACUCGUUUUAAGUCAA